AUUAUUUUUUUUAUAUUUCCUAUAAACUCUUUUCAAUUAAUAUUAAUCAAAAAUGGCACAAGCACUUGGAACACUCGCUAAAUGGGCUAUUCCCUUGAGUCUCGCUGUUGGUGGAGCUCAAUCAGCCAUGUACGAUGUCCAGGGUGGUCAUAGAGCCGUUAUUUUCGAUCGUAUUCAAGGUGUAAAGCCUGUUUCUGUCGGCGAGGGUACUCACUUUUUAGUACCUUGGCUUCAAAGAGCUGUUGUUUUCGAUGUGCGUACCAAACCCCGUAAUAUUUCGACCACAACAGGUUCCAAGGAUAUGCAAAUGGUGUCCUUGACACUCCGUGUUUUACAUCGUCCCGAAAUCAAAAACUUGCCUUCUAUUUAUCAAAACUUGGGUCUUGAUUAUGACGAGAGAGUUUUACCUUCCAUCGGUAACGAAGUCUUGAAGGCUAUCGUUGCUCAAUUUGAUGCCUCUGAAUUGAUUACUCAACGUGAAGUCGUUUCCGCAAAGAUUCGUGAAGAGUUAUACAAGCGUGCCAGAGAUUUCAACUUGGCCUUAGAAGAUGUUUCUAUCACACACAUGACCUUUGGUAAGGAAUUUACCAACGCUGUUGAACAAAAGCAAAUCGCACAACAAGAAGCCGAACGUGCCAAAUUUGUUGUCGAACGUGCCGAACAAGAAAAGCAAGCUGCUAUUAUUCGUGCUGAGGGUGAUUCCGAAGCUGCCGAGAUGAUUUCCACAGCAUUGGCCAAGGCCGGUGAAGGUUUCAUUGCUUUCCGUAGAAUCGAAGCCAGUAAAGAUAUUGCACAAACUCUUUCUCAAUCUCGCAACGUCACUUACUUGCCCAGCCAAAAUGGAGGAAGCAACAUGCUUCUCGGUAUCAACGCUUAAAUAAAUUAUUAGAUCAUGGGGUUUUCUACCCUUUGGAGUACUUGUAUAAAACAAUUAAAAAAACAGUUCAAAAAAUAAAAUGUGUGUGUAAAAAAAUUGGAGAGAAAGAAGAGAGAGAAUAUAGCCUUUAUUUAUUUUUCAGCGGUCUUGGCUUCUUCCUUGCACUGACAGAUCUCGCUCUUUUCUAAACCGGCCAAAGCUUGAUCAAUAUGCUUUCCACAACCUAAUUUUUUCCUUAGUAAUGACAUUAGAGAUUGCACACUAAAUCUUUUUUUUACCUUUCCAGGUGAAUUUUUUGCAAUCGGGACAAGUUACGCGCAUACACAUUUUGGAGUUUCUUUUUUUGUUUUGUUGUUGGGAGUGAAAAAAAAAAAAAGGUAAGGCC